AUGUAUGUUGAUGAUGCUCUUGUUGGAGCUCAUUCGAUCCCUGAUGCUUUGGAGGCACGAGACCAAUUAAUUGAACAUCUUCUUAACUCUUCUUUUUUGUCGCUCGAUGAUAAAAGUAAUGCUAAAACACUCGGUGUCCGUUGGAAUGCGGCAGAAGAUUACUUUUAUUUUACAACUGAGAAGAUUAAGUUCAAAACAGCUUAUACAAAGAGGGAAGUACUCUCAAUUAUAGCAAGGCUAUUUGAUCCAGCAGGUUGGUUGGCCCCAGUGAUUAUAACAGCAAAGAUUUUGAUGCAGCAAAUGUGGCUCGACAAAAUAGACUGGGACGAACAUAUAAAACCUGUGGCUCUACAAAAAUGGAAGACAUUCAUUUCUAAUUAUAAUGAGAUUGAUACAAUUAAACUUGAUCGUUGGGUUCAAUAUACGCCUAGUUCUUAUAUUGAAUUUCAUGGCUUUUGUGACUCUUCUGAGUUAGCUUACGCAGCUACACUAUAUAUACGUAUUGUGAAUGGUGAUAAAGUUUAUGUAAAUCUACUAAUUGGCAAAACAAAAGUGGCUCCAGUUAAAAGGCCAUCUUUGCCGCGUUUAGAGUUGUGUGGCGCAGUUCUUUUAGCCAAUUUAGUAAACAGCGUAAUCCCCAAUUUCAAAUUGCAUACGUAUAAUUUAUAUUUGUGGUCCGAUUCGACAAUAGUUCUUGCUUGGUUACGAAAACCGCCAUGUAAUUGGAAAACCUUUGUUGCAAAUAGGGUAGCAACAAUAUUAGAAAAAGUAGGAAACAAAAAUUGGUUUCACGUAGCUUCUAAUCACAAUCCUGCCGAUCUAGCAACCCGGGGGCUGAUACCUUCGGAUUUAAGAGAAAACAAACUUUGGUGGCAUGGUCCUGAUUGGCUCAGAUUAAACAAAUCGUCGUGGCCCGAAGGUCCAUUAGAAUUCGAAACAGUAGAAGAAUCGAAACAAGUGCAAGUUAAUAUUGCUAGAUCCGCUGAACGAGAAGAUAUACUGGACCGUUUCUCAAGUUUGCCCAGAGCAUAUCAUGUUAUUGCUUAUAUAUUUAGAUUUUUUAAUCUUGCGAGCAAAAGCAGACGUAAAAGCUGUAAUUACGAAACUGUUAGAAUUUCCGCUCAAGAACUUGUAUUUGUACGAAAUCGGCUAUUUUUUCUCUCUCAACAGUCGCACUUUUCUGAUGAGUUUAGUUGUCUGUCAUCGAAAAAGAAAAUUGACUCUCGUAGUCCUUUAUUAACGCUUAUGCCUUUCUUAGACAAAAAUGGUAUUAUUCGUGCUAAUGGUCGUCUUGGCUCUACAAAAUGUUUGUCAUACAAUGAACGACAUCCCGUAAUACUUGCAUAUACUAGUAGAUUAGCACGACUUUACGUUGAGUUUGUCCACAAUAUGGUCUUACAUGGAGGCCCUCGUUUAGUCCUAAAUGUCGUACGUCAGGAGUGUUGGAUUAUAAAGGCUAAAAAUCUAAUAAAAACGGUCAUCCACAACUGUAAAAUCUGCGUUAUACAUAGAAAAAAGCUUCAAAAUCAGAUCAUGGCAGUGCUACCUGAAGAAAGAACUACUUUAAGUCGCCCUUUUACUAACACAGGUGUUGAUUUUGCCGGCCCAUUUGAAAUCAAAAGUUUCACUGGUCGAUAUUGCCGUAUCACUAAAGGCUACGUGUGUCUAUUUGUUUGUUUCUCUACUAAGGCGAUUCACAUUGAGGCCGUUAGCGAUUUGUCCACUCCUGCAUUUCUAGCAGCUUUGGCUCGAUUUGUUGCUCGUCGUGGUUGCCCUAGUCGCAUUUUCUCUGAUAAUGGAAGGAAUUUUGUUGGCGCUGCAAGAGAACUUGAAAAUAACUUCGAAAAACAUAUAGAAGAAUUACGUGAUUCGGCAGUAGAAAAAUAUGGUCAUCAACAUCUUGAGUGGCACUUUAUUCCUGCAGCAGCUCCUCAUAUAGGAGGACUGUGGGAGGCAGGAGUAAAAAGUUUGAAAAUGCACUUUAAAAAGUCAGCUGGACAAAUGAAAUAUACGUUUGAAGAGUUUUCGACACUUUUGGCAAAGAUAGAAUCGUGUCUCAAUUCGCGUCCUCUUGGCCCUACGUCCGACAGCAUCGAUGAUUUGUCCGCUCUUACUCCUGGUCAUUUUUUAAUAGGCUCUGCUAUUCUUACUCCUGCUGAACCUGAAGAGCUUAGCUCGCCAAUUAGUAUAGUAAACCGUUGGCGAAAAAUCAAAGCAUUGCAGCAAGAAAUUUGUCACCGUUGGAAAGACGAAUAUUUAAAAGAGUUGCACAAGCGUAAUAAAUGGAAAAGUCCCCAAAUAGACUUAAAAGAAAAUGACCUCGUUGUUCUUAAAAGUGAACCUUGUUGUCCAACUGAAUGGCGCUUAGGUCGUGUUGUAAAAGUUUAUCAUGGUUCUGACGGUAAAGUUCGAGUGGCUGACCUUAAAACUCAAAUGGCGUAA